AUGUGGUUUGUAUUUGGUGGUAAACCUCUACGCUUUUCUCUUCGAGAAUUUCAUAUCAUUACUGGUCUUAGCUGCAGUCAAAUUCCAUCAGAAAAUGAGAUAGAAGAGCAUAUGAAUCUUGACUCUAUAUCUAUGUGGAAGAGACUAUUUGGAGCUGACAAUCUAAAUAUUGAUGUGCCGCAAGUGAUUGCGAUGUUGCAAGACUCGUAUCUAUCUGAUUGGAAGAAGCUGCCCCUUGCCUUAAUUGUUAUUUUAGAUGGCAUUGUCGUCUGUCCAGACAAACACCUCAAACUCACCCUUGAAUACGUCGAAAUGCUGAACGACAUUGAUUUCUUUCUUACUUAUCCUUGGGGCAGAGAAUCAUUUCUCCAGACAUAUGCUAGGUUAGGUCCUCCUGCUUCUUCUGCAGAGGUUUCAAUAGGAGAUCCAAUUAAAGAGCUUAGAAUUAGGUUGAUGCAGCAGAAUGCCGCAUGUUAUGGAUUUCUUCUCCCUCUUCAACUUUUAGCGUUUGAAACAAUUCCACUGUUGCUAUCCAAGAUUCCAUCGUUUGAUGAUUUCACAAAUUUCUUCGAAUAUACUGGUGGUAAGCUCUCUGAAACGAUUCUCCAUUAUGAAAGUAUCAUUGAAACUGAAUCAGACCCAGAGUUAACUGUGCAAUCCAUCCUCUAUUACCCUCUAGAUUUGAUUCAUAUGGAUUUUAGUUGGGAGGAUGACGUUCAAGAUGAGAAAGUUGAAUAUUUAGAGAGUCUUAUAUGCGGUGGAUAUGAAUUUGAAGCAUAUGACUUCUUUGGUGGUGAUGCUUCUAUUCAUCCUUUGACAUCAAAUAAAAAAACUGUCAAGGAAGAAGUCAACAUGAAAGAAGAAGCACAGGUCAAUAAAAAACUUGUCAAGAAAGAAGUAAACGUAAAGAAAAAAGUAUGGGUCAAGAAACUCGGCCAGUGCCCUCGCCAACCUAAGGCUAUUGACAAUCUUAAGAAAGAUAUUUUUGAGAAGUUAGAUUCAAUGAAUGCUGCUUCUCCGAGGUGA